AUUUCCUCUGAUAGAUUUCGAUACUUGACAUCAGGCUUGUCUACGUGCCGCAGAGCUCGUGUCACCUUUUUCUCCUAAAGUACAUUAAGUGGGGAGGGUGUAAGAGCUACGUUACAAAGGCACUUAGAGCAUCGCCCAGGCUAUUUUUUAUUUUAGCGUUCACAGGGGAAGGUUAAAAAUGGCUGGAUUUUUUCAAAUGCUGAGAAAGAAGAAAGAAUUAAUUCCUCUGAUUGGAUUCAUGGCGUUCGCAGCGGCAGGUGCCACUUCUGCCUGCAUUUAUUUCUUACUGACGAAACCAGAUGUGAUAAUAAACAAGACAACGAAUCCAGAACCAUGGGAGAACCUCGACCCAUCGAAGCCCCAGAAGCUCAUCACGAUAAACCAGCAGUGGAAGCCAGUGGAGGAGCUGCAGCUCCUGAAGAAGCUGACAAAGUGAAGUCUCUCCCCUAAACCCACCCCCCCCCCUCCGUCAAAAUCCCCCACCCGAUCCGGGCCACGCACCCCUCCAACCCCUGCCAGUCUAACAGAAUCAUCUCUGCACAGACUCUGGUCUCUGGCAUUCAGUGUGCGGAAAUGCUUCUGUUCCACUGGAGGGGUCUGAUCACCCGCUGGAAUUCUGGUGCAUCCCGGACCCAAAGGACUCCCCCAAAACCAUCCGCCCUGAAGAAGCCCCACUGUUCGCACCUCUGUGAAACAGCUGCACCAUGGUGUGAAAUUAAGGCAAAGCACUGCUGGAAAAAUGUUUUACUCUCUGGAUUGUAUAUAUGACUGUAAAUAAACUGUUGCUUUUGAAACUCUA